CCAGCCGACGGCCCGGAGGCCUGUGACCCCACAGCCGCCGGACGCUCCUGGUCGAGAGCAGGGACGGAGGCCGCAGGGCGGGACGCCGGACGUUGGUGGACGCGGAGGAGGAGCCUGGCCACAGGAGCAGCGACGCAGAGCGGGGCCGUGGGCCUGCGGCCAGCGGAGGAGCCGGGCCGGCCUGCAGCGCUGCCUUGUGUCUUCCAGAGCGCCGAGGCCGUGGGCCAGUGGCUGGCCACCUUCCAGCUGCAGCUCUACGCCCCCAACUUCACCAGCGCCGGCUACGACCUGCCCACCAUCAGCCGCAUGACCCCCGAGGACCUCACGGCCAUCGGGGUCACCAAGCCCGGCCACAGGAAGAAGAUCACCGCGGAGAUGGGCUCUGCCCGGCGGCCCAGUGCUGACCGCCGCGCUCUGGCCAUGCAGAAUGGGAUCAACGCCCACGUGAAGAACGCCUACAGCCAGACGGCUCUGGACAUCGUGCGCCAGUUCACCGCAUCCCAGGCCGGCAAGGAGAUCAAGCAGCUGCUGCGAGCCUCAACGUGA